CGGCCCCGCUCGGGGCGCCGCGCCCGCCGCCGCGUCGUCUCUCCGCCUUUGUGUCCCGGCCGCGCGCCCUCCCCGCUUCCCGGCGCCCGGCACCCUGGAGCCGCACGGGAGCCGGCUGUCCGAGCUGCGUCCGGCGCGGCGCCCCGGAGCCCCGAGCCCGCCGCGCCGCCGCGCCCCGCGCGUGCGCUCCCGCCCUGCGCUCUGAGGGCCCCCGCGGAGAGCGCCCCCGAGCCUCGGCGACCGCUGGAGCUGCUGAUCGGCGCGCCCCGGAGCUGCCUGCGGUCUCCCCCGUGUCUGCCCGGAGGAUUGGAGUUCCCGGCCCGCACUUCGUUCCUCCGGCGCCAGGAGCGCGCGGAGCUGGGAGCGGCUUGGCCAUGGCCGCGAGGAGGAACUCCUUGUGGAAGUACUGCUGGGGAGUUUUGAUGGUUUUAUGCAGAACUGCGAUUUCCAGAUCAAUAGUUUUAGAACCCAUCUAUUGGAAUUCCUCGAACUCCAAAUUUCUACCUGGACAAGGACUGGUACUAUACCCACAGAUAGGAGACAAAUUGGAUAUUAUUUGCCCCAAGGUGGACUCUAAAACUGUUGGCCAGUAUGAAUAUUAUAAAGUUUAUAUGGUGGACAAAGACCAAGCAGACAGAUGCACUAUUAAGAAGGAAAAUACCCCUCUUCUCAACUGUGCCAGACCAGACCAAGAUGUAAAGUUCACUAUCAAGUUCCAAGAAUUCAGCCCUAACCUCUGGGGUCUAGAAUUUCAGAAGAACAGAGAUUAUUACAUUAUAUCUACAUCAAAUGGGUCUUUGGAGGGCCUGGAUAACCAGGAGGGAGGGGUGUGCCAGACAAGAGCCAUGAAGAUCCUCAUGAAAGUUGGACAAGAUGCAAGUUCCGCUGGGUCAACCAGGCAUAGUGAUCCAACGAGGAGGCCAGAAUUCGAAGCUGGUACAAAUGGAAGAAGUUCAACAACAAGUCCCUUUGUCAAACCAAAUUCAGGUUCCAGCACAGACGGUAGCAGCGCCGGACAUUCUGGGAGCAAUAUCCUCGGUUCCGAAGUGGCCUUAUUCGCAGGGAUAGCUUCAGGAUGCAUCAUCUUCAUCGUCAUCAUCAUCACGCUAGUGGUGCUGCUGCUCAAGUACCGCCGGCGGCACCGCAAGCACUCGCCGCAGCACACGGCCACGCUGUCGCUGAGCACGCUGGCCACGCCCAAGCGCGGCGGCAACAACAACGGCUCGGAGCCCAGCGACAUCAUCAUCCCGCUAAGGACCGCGGACAGUGUCUUCUGCCCCCACUACGAGAAGGUCAGCGGGGACUACGGGCACCCGGUGUACAUAGUCCAGGAGAUGCCCCCGCAGAGCCCGGCGAACAUUUACUACAAGGUCUGAGCCUCGGCGGUGCCUUCACUUCCCGGAGGAAACUUACUGUCCCCGCUGCUGCCCGCCGAGGGUCCGAGACCCCCUGUGUCUGCGACGGACUGACGCGCAGCGGGGAGCGGGGACACCCCUUCUCGGAAGAGCCCCGUGGAGUCGGACAGCUUACUAGUCUGUAGCGUUUCGGCCGCGGUGACGGAGGAUGCGUCCCGGCCGUCGGAAGACUCGCGUAGAAGAUGAGCGCACGCGCGCCCCGCCCCUCUCCUCCUCCGGGUACCACUGGGUACCACGAGCGCGCGCGCCCGCGGGCCUCCGCAGGAGCCGGGAGACCGAGCGGCUGGUGGGCAGGAGCGAGAGCUGGGAGCAUCCCAGGCCCCUGGGUCGCCAGGCCUGGCGGGGCCGCCCUCUGCCUCGGGCGUGGCCCCUGACCCCUCACUCCUGAGUUGCACCCCGGACUUGUCUUGUCGCACAGACUCUGGCUGCGUGAGGCCUCGGGAGACCGCUGGCUUCUAGUCCUCACUGUUGCACACGCUCUGUCAUCCAGGGCUCUGCAGGCCUUCACACGAGAUCCCCCCCUCCCCCCAACGCCACACUCACAUUACUCACGGGACAUUAACGUUGGGCGUCUCCUACUCCAUCCUUUUGCAACAACAGCCGCAGCGAAAGGGGCCACACGUUGAUAGGAAUGGCGUUUGCGGGUAAAAAGGAGCCUUCCAGCCAGAUGCUCGGCUGUCAGCCCAGGAAGACGAGGAGUUUCGUGAGAAGGGGGCGUGGGGGAGACGCAAAGGCUGUCUGUCUGCAAAGGCAGUUCCGUGCUGCCGCCUCUGAAACAAGAUUUGGGAAGGGAAAGCCCCAAUUAGAGAGCACAGCACUUUGGUUUUGCUCAGAUUUUUAAGAGGCAAGUAGGAGACAACGACACACACAGUAGAUUAGGGUGCAUUUGAAGGAAUUCACUCUUAUCAAAUAGCAAUGCACAGGAAUAAUGAAAUAAAUAGUCCCUCUCUAGCCGGGUGGAACAAAGGGGCAUUGUUGGUAGAGGACCAGGCUUGGAGAGAAGGGUGAUUCGGGCAGGACUUUCUUGGUACUGGCAAUAGACGUACAGCUGUGAAGCUGUAGGGAAGUCGUCGGUCUGCUUUGGAUGUUGUUUAAAGCGGACCCAGCUGCUAUACUUACCACAUUUUAUUAACACAGGGAGAGCCUUUAGGAGAAUAGCAGAGAGCCAAAUCUGACCUAGAAGUUUAAAAAGCCAAAGGUCACACGGGCUGUAAUUCCAUCAUCAUAGACAUUAUUAAGGCAUCUUCAUAUCCGAAAGGAAGGUCAGAUCCCCCCACCCCCUCAUCGCUCCUCCCCUGCCACCCCCUCUCCUCAUCUCGCCUUGUGACACUUUGGUUUAUGGUGGUGCCGCCCUGGCCUCGGGGCGAGGGGUGGGUACUGAGCGAGACUGCAGUCCCCGGUACUGUGUCGGGGUGAGGCACACACGGCAACCCUCCUAGGAGUCCCGAGGACCCAAAUGAUGAUGAUGUCCGGGGAGGAGAAGGAAGGCAGGAUGUGUUUAUAAUAGGUAUAUAGAACACAAGGGAUAUAAAAUGAAAGAGUUUUACUAAUAUAUAUUUUAAGAUUGCACACAGUCCACACCAGAAGAUGUGAAACUCAUUUGUGGUGAUUAAGUGGUCUCAAACGCUCCGUGGUGGUUUUUUUUUUUUUUUUUUCAAUUGGACUGCUACUUCUGGGAAAAACGACAUUACUCCAAAAAUAACAAUAAUGGGAGCAAACACAAAAAUAACCAAGUCCUCUGAAGGCAUGUCACGUCACCAUAGAUUAGGAAGUGCAAGCCCCAAAUACCAGGAAAUCAGUGUUCACUGCAUCGUGUUUUCAACAAUGAGAAGAUGUGCCGGCCUUUAGCUUCUGUGCUGUGUUUUCCUCGCCUCAUGGGCUGAAGUGUUCGCUAGAAUCCACCGGGUCACGUCCAGGGGGCUUCGGCUGAAAGUUCAGCCUGAACCCCUUCCUUCCUCUCUCCCCCCUCCCCUCGCCCCUUCCCUGCUGGGAAAAGAAGCGAGUAAACAGGAAACCUACUUUUUAUGUGCUAUGCAAAAUAGACAUCUUUAACAUAGUCCCUGUUACUAUGGUAACACUUUGCUUUCUGAAUUGGGAGAAAAAAAAAAAGAAAUGAAGCAACAGCAUUUUAAGGUUCUCAAACCUCCAGUGAAUACCUGCAAAAAUGAGUUGUCACAGAAAUUCUUCUUCUUUCUACUUCCUGAACCUGAAAAUGAUGUUGGUCCAAAGUGCGUGUGUGUUUGUGUGAGUGGGUGUGUGGUAUACAUGUGUACAUAUAUGUAUAAUAUAUAUCGACAGUAUAUAUUAUAUAUAUCUAUAUCAUAUUUCUGUGAAAGGUUGCCAUGGUGACCAGCCACAGUACAUAUGUAAUUCUUUCCAUCACCCUGGCCUCUCCUGUACGUGCAUUCAUACAAGGUUUUCUUGUAAGCCAUCAAAAAUUGACCUUUAGGAUGGGGGAGAGGGGCAAGAAGGGGAAAAAUGGGAAACAGUCUGAUUUUAAUGCAAUCCAAGGUGUGCGCCAUCAGUUGGCUACAUUUUGAGUAUGUGCUCAACUGUGAAAAAAAAUCAGAUGAGUUGAUGAAGAGUUGCCUGCAAGCAGUUGACAAGUAGUCUGUGCAUCUGUUUUGUGUGUGGUGCAGAAUAUGACAAUCUACCAACUGUCCCUUUGUCUGAAGUUGGUUCAGCUUUGGAAAGUUACUGUAAAUGCCUUCCUUGUAUUCUCAUCCCUAGUCACCUGACUUUGGAAUUUGCACCAUAAUGUUUAAGUGAAGAUGCUGUAAAUAAGUUCAGAUUUUACUGUAUAUGGAUUUGGGGUGUUACAGUAGCCUUAUUCACCUUUUUAAUAAAAAUACUCAUGAAAAACAAGACAGAAAUGGCUUUUCUUACCCAGAUUGUGUACAUAGAGCAAUGUUGGUUUUUUAUAAAGUCUAAGCAAGAUGUUUUGUAUAAAAUCUGAAUUUUGCAAUGUAUUUAGCUACAGCUUGUUAAACAGCAGUGUCAUUCCCCUUUGCACUGUAAUGAGGAAAAAAAAAUGGUAUAAAAGGUUGCCAAAUUGCUGCAUAUUUGUGCCGUAAUUAUGUACCAUGAAUAUUUAUUUAAAAUUUCGUUGUCCAAUUUGUAAGUAACACAGUAUUAUGCUUGAGUUAUAAAUAUUUUUUCUUUCCUUUGUUUUAUUUUGAUAGCCUGUCAUAGGUUUUUUGAUCUGCUUUAGUUCCACAUUGCAGUUAGCCCCCAGCCAAUGAAGUCACGUUCCAAACCUGUUUCAAACUGAAUUUGUUCUUAAAAAAAUAAAAUAUUUUUUUCCUAUGGAAAAAGCGCCUUCAAAGUA